AUGGGGGAUGAACAAUGUAAGAAAUGUGAGCUUUUCAACAAGAGUGUGAACUGAGACUAAGAAAUGUGAGCUAUUCAGCAAGAGUGUGAACUGAGACUAUAUUCGACAACGCUGCAAAACAUGGAACGAGAGGGGAAGKCAAGUAAGCGACGAUCAAGUAAGAGUUCUGGGAGCAUGGAACAAUCUCCGAAAAAAUUGAAGGGGACGCCGACCGCUGGAGGGGGGAGUCCAGAGACACCGGGGACUAAGCGCCAACGCACCCUGUUUCCGCGGGUUGCGCCUUCCACAGGCACUCCAGUUCCACGGAGUGGGCCUUCUACASGCACUUCAGUUCCGAGGGUUGCACCUUCCACAGACACUCCGUCGACUCGUGCUCGGGGCUCUGGACCGGAUAAGGCUGUGUUGAUGACUGGGGGGCCUGCGGGUCAGGAACGUGUGCCUGGUCCGCGGCAGGGAAGAUCUGCAGUGGACGCUGUGCCCGGACGUAAACCGUCUGGUGAAACGACUGCCGCGGGUCGRCGGGACGAUGUGCCCGUGGUUAAUCACAAGGACAAGUUCUGGAUGCUGGACUGGGUGGGGGAGAUCGGAGAACCAUCGAGCGGCCUUGUUCUAUACGUGGUCAUAAAAGAAAAUACUGUGUCGGUAGGUGGCCUGGUGAGGUGGACUGGACAAGGUGCACCAUCUGCAAUGUUCGAGUUGACGAUGGUCCUGAAUGGAAGAGGGGAAAGGAUGUCGAAUGUUAAACACGUCACUCUUCGAUGGGCCAAACACGCAGGAUAUGGGAAGUCGCUCGUUGAUGUAUUCAACACACCACCGAGUACGGAAGUGAAGUUGUCUGACCUCAUAGAUGUCCUCGGGUUUUUCGACAGUAAUGUGAUCGCGGGCGGAGAGCCGGUUGUGCAUCCGGAAAACCGCAUAUCGGAGCCUAAAUGCGUGCUUUCCAAAACCGUGGAGACUGGGCCUUCCAUCACGAUCCACGACACACCGCCGGCUCCGAAAGCUGGGCAGAUUGGAGAGAAGGGUCCGUACCACGGACUGGUCGUGCCGUCAGCCCCUGUGAAGUCCAGGCCAACGGCAAGCAAAGCACCAAUUGCCUUGGGUAGCCAACCGCGCUAUGCAGCAGCCACCAAGGGACCUCUCUCCUUGGUGGGCCAGCAGCGCUGCGACUACACUGUGCCAAGCCGCGCAGAGGAAGCCCUUGAAUAUUUUGAAGAUAAUGAUGACGAGAACAGCGAGGAAUAUUUGGAACGAGCAGGAGGACAGGAACAGUAUGCGGUGGGUGUCGGUGACAUGACGAGGCGCUAUGGGGGAAAAAGUAAAGUGGUUGGACAGGAUGACGACACUGAGCACAUUAUCAGCGAAUUGGGUGGAGAGGUUGGUCUGGCAGGGGGAUAUGGCGGCAGCGAGGAAGGAUGUGAGGAGGAUGUGCAUCCAACACGAGGGGGGGUGGACCACGAGACAGUGGCUGUGACUGUGCAUACAGAUGCUGCAGGGCUCGCCGAGCGAAAGAGGAAGCACAGGCAGGAGAGGAGAAGUGUUUUGGAUAGUAAACGGAGUAAGCAGGAAGCGGGUCAGAAAAGACAAUUGAAACUAUUGCCCGUGGAUGAGGCGGUCCAGCGCACACGGGAGAUUGAGGCGGCCACGAAGAAAAAGAAGCAGCCAAAGAAAAAAACGGCAAAGGGUGGUGUCAUGGAAAAGACUUCCGUUUUUCCUGCGAAACAACCCCAAUCGGAUGAAGAGGCUGCAGGCAAGACAGUUACUAGGCCGCCAAGUUCGCGAAAUGUGCCAUCGGAUGCUUCUUCUGGUGUUCUCAGCAAAGGCUUUCUCCUUGAGUUGGACGAGCAUGGGAACCAGUGUCCAGACAUGGAAUUCAUUUCUGUCAAGUUCGACAGAAUUCUGGAUAUCCCCGACGUGGAAUUCAGAUACAAUCAAAGUUAUCUUGUGCAACAGAUGAUUGAUGACAUUUAUGAUGCAAUAGUUGCAUCGGGUGAGGCUGCUAUCAGAGAGAGAACGACUGGAGUUGCCGGUGUAAAUGUUUGUACAUUGUAUGAAAAACAUGUCCUUUUGUGGGUUGCCAUCCAUGAUACAAUGCAUACUCACGCUUCAGGGAGGAUUGUGAGAGCGAGGAGGGUGCUGCCCCAUGAAUUCGACCUCGGCUCUGUGAACAAGUACUACUACUACCCUCUUAGCGAUCAGCAUAACGUAGCGGCGGCAAGAAGGUGUUUUGUUGAACACCCUGACAUCGCACAAGAGCUCCGAUUGGAUCGCUGGACUACGAGGCCUGUUUAUUAUCGGGAUAAGAGCAUGGACAAUUACAGCACGCUGAGCACUUUCCAGAACGCAAAGGACAAAUGGAAUACCCCACCGUACCAGAUCGUGGUCUUCUAGAACAUACGGAAGUUGUGGCACGCAUCGAACUGUGCUGAAGCUAAAGGUGGCUCUGCGGCGGAAGUGAAAAAUGCAGAUUAUAAAAAGUUUGCAGGAGAGGCUCUUCGUUUGACCGGGAUAAAUUAUUUGGUUGACA